UCCUGUCUGAUCUCCAGUUAGGGGUAGUAGUUUUCCAGUGUAGAUCACUUCAGGUUAACCCCUGCAGCGUGUGAAUUUGCCCUUGCUGUUGACGGAUCCCGGCAUUGUAUUUGUGUAUAGGGCAGAGGCAGCCUGAGGACCGCUGUCAGAGGGUAACUGGGCGUCCUGCGCUUGUUGAGUAGGGAUCGCCCUCAGGUAACAUGGCGGCCGCACCACUUCCUGGCCCCGCCUUUUCCGGUCUGCAAGCUCAGGCGGUGUCCAGGAGACGGAACUGUGUACUUAUAAACAGAAGCGCGGCGGGGGCGGGGCCAGCUGUCAUGGCGACGGGAGGGGAGGGGAGGGAGGAGGCGUCACCCCGGCAACCGCGGCCUAGUGACGUGUUAUAGCAACGCGGCUGCGGAGGAGAAAGGCGCAGAGCGGAGCAGACACCAUGUUCAAGAACACCUUCCAGUCCGGCUUCCUGUCCAUCCUGUACAGCAUCGGCAGCAAGCCGCUCCAGAUCUGGGACAAGAAGGUGCGGAAUGGUCACAUCAAGAGGAUAACAGACAAUGACAUCCAGUCCCUGGUGCUCGAGGUGGAGGGAACCAAUGUCAGCACCACAUAUAUCACGUGCCCAGCUGACCCCAAAAAAACCCUGGGCAUCAAGUUGCCCUUCCUGGUCAUGAUCAUCAAGAACCUCAAGAAAUACUUCACUUUUGAAGUGCAGGUGCUGGAUGAUAAGAAUGUGCGGCGGAGGUUUCGGGCAAGUAACUACCAGAGCACGACGCGGGUGAAGCCUUUUAUCUGCACCAUGCCCAUGAGAUUAGAUGAUGGCUGGAACCAGAUUCAGUUUAACCUUUCAGACUUCACCCGCCGGGCGUACGGCACAAAUUAUAUUGAAACCCUUCGAGUACAGAUUCACGCAAACUGCAGAAUUCGACGAGUUUAUUUCUCAGAUCGUCUGUAUUCUGAAGAUGAGCUCCCUGCAGAGUUUAAGCUGUACCUACCUGUGCAGAACAAGGCAAAACAGUGAGUGCCGUCCCUUCUUCUCCCAGGAUGUUAGUGUUUUCUACAUGGAGCAGUUCCCACCAUGCAUCAAAUUCUAAGUUAUCAAAUGUUUCCAAAACCUCUGUUUUUGUAAUAAAUAUGAUCUUGAGUCUU